GUUUGUUUGGCCAUUGCUACAAAUUCUCGCCUACGCCGAGCCUCCAACUACCUUCUAUUCAGCUUAGCCAUCGCUGAUCUAAUCGUCACUUUGAUAUGCGAGCCACUCUUUAUCGAAGCCAUCAUAGAGAGAACAUUCUUGUACGAUUGCACAACGAGCCUGGACAUUGCGUUCUUCAUUUUAGGCUAUCUUUCAUGUGCCACCUCAGUCUUGCAUAUGGUGGCCAUCAGUCUUGAUCGAUUUGUUGCCGUUGCGUUCCCACUGAGACACAAAAACUUCAUGGAGAAAUGCGGACUUAAGGUUAUGCUUAUAGUAUCCUGGUCAAUUCCGAUUUUUAAGGUGAUUCUUCUUCUCGUUUUAUGGCGUGCCAUUCCGUCGGCUUCAUAUUCGGCGAGCCCAUUUCUCUUAUUUGGAACCUUUGUCUUCAGCUAUUUCUUAAUUUCCUUUUUCUACUUUCUGAUCGUGGUUUUACUGCUGCGUCACAAGAGGAAAAGAAAGCAACUCAGCAGAGCUCGAAACGUUUCUGUGAAACUGACUUCCCGCAUGGAGGUUCGUGUUUCUUGUACGCUGGCUAUCGCAAUCGGUAUUUUCUCCGCUUGUUGGGUUCCCGUGAUAACUAUAAUGAUUGCCACAAUGACUGGGAAACCACUUAUAAGGCCAAACGGCCCUUUGGACUUGUGCCUUCGAAGCCUGGCUCUGUCAAACUCAGCCAUGAACUUUCUGAUUUACUCUGCUAAAAUCCGGGACUUCAAAGAGGCAUACGUUGAUAUCUUUCGAAAGCUGCUCCGCUUGUAGAGUUGUGGACUUUUUGCUACUUGUUUCAAGAAAUUUGAAGUCGGUUUGAAGUCGCAGUUGAUCCUAAUGCUUAAUUUUUGUGAGGAAAAAAAUGUCAUCUACAUGUGUGUGUUCAUAUAGACAGGAAGACAGAGCAGUUUGGAUUUUGUCCAACUAAACCUGCUCGCUUCCGUUCAAAACCAAGACUUCCUUUGACGAAUAUGGAAGUAAUCAUGAAAAUUAAGUUAAAUGUACGGACUGGUCAAAUUUUAAGUAAAAGGCGAUGAAAACCUUGUAAACUCUAAAUCACAACAUUGCAUAAGCAAAUUUUGAAAUUAAUACUAGCCACCGGGCAGGGAUGGCGAAACGUCUCUUAUUAUUUUAAAGAAAAUGUGUUUCGUUUCAAUAUAUAAUAGUGACCUUUGGAUUCUAAGACGAGUACGACUACGAGUACGAGAUUUUCUCUCUACUAACUGGUGCUCGCGGGUGAGACACCUUCAUUUUAGAGGGAAAAACGGUCAUAGACGUCGUCAUUCUACUACAGGUGUUAGCGAGAAUGUUGCAGUGGCGGAAACAAGUUAUCAACUGUUAGAAGUUUUGUCAUUUUGCGAUCAGGAGAGGGCUUAACCUCCUUCAGUGCCAACGUUUCUGGUGAAAAAAGUACACUGAAUCUUUCAGGAGUGUCAAUUUUUUUUUNAGUUGAUCCUAAUGCUUAAUUUUUGUGAGGAAAAAAAUGUCAUCUACAUGUGUGUGUUCAUAUAGACAGGAAGACAGAGCAGUUUGGAUUUUGUCCAACUAAACCUGCUCGCUUCCGUUCAAAACCAAGACUUCCUUUGACGAAUAUGGAAGUAAUCAUGAAAAUUAAGUUAAAUGUACGGACUGGUCAAAUUUUAAGUAAAAGGCGAUGAAAACCUUGUAAACUCUAAAUCACAACAUUGCAUAAGCAAAUUUUGAAAUUAAUACUAGCCACCGGGCAGGGAUGGCGAAACGUCUCUUAUUAUUUUAAAGAAAAUGUGUUUCGUUUCAAUAUAUAAUAGUGACCUUUGGAUUCUAAGACGAGUACGACUACGAGUACGAGAUUUUCUCUCUACUAACUGGUGCUCGCGGGUGAGACACCUUCAUUUUAGAGGGAAAAACGGUCAUAGACGUCGUCAUUCUACUACAGGUGUUAGCGAGAAUGUUGCAGUGGCGGAAACAAGUUAUCAACUGUUAGAAGUUUUGUCAUUUUGCGAUCAGGAGAGGGCUUAACCUCCUUCAGUGCCAACGUUUCUGGUGAAAAAAGUACACUGAAUCUUUCAGGAGUGUCAAUUUUUUUUUUUUUUUUUAGAAUUCGCGAAAAGUCAAAUCUCGUCUUCGAAUCUACAGGUCUCUAUAGAUGGUUUUCACUGUGACCUCAUCAAAUUGUAAAUUCAAAAUGGCGAGGUUUUACGAAUUCUUAUUUACGAUAGGUUGAAGAUAAACAAAAAGUAAACCUUUGUACAAGUUUCCAUUUCCGUAGCAUGUUUCGUUUCGAAAAUACAGCAAUUUGAACUUCCGAGUUUUCACAGUGCCGGUGCGUGACACCAAAAUAGGAAUGCUGUCUCGUUGAAAAAAAGUCUCUCCUCUUGAUUUUCAGCAGUAUAACCACUUCAAGUAUUAGAAGAUAUGUUUAUAUAUACGUAUGCUAUGUUGCGUAUGUAUGUAUGUUGAUUUCCGGUGGCCAUAUUGAUGCACCAAAACGGUGCACCAAUAUGGUGUCUCCAUACAAAGCUCUACAAAGGUGCGUAAAACGUUUCGGCAAAUAACUCACAAACUAUGGGCCACAAAGACCUGAGACUUGGACAAAUUGUUUAUAUAUUAGUCUUUUAAAACAUUUCAUUUUCCUGGCUUCUUCCACUGGACGGUUUCCAAUUUAACUUUUCGUUGCGUGACAGUGAAAACGAUCUAUUGUUCAAGGCACGUCACGUCUUAGAAUAGCCCAUUUUACAGGUUCAGGUGGAAACGAGGCUGGAGUGAACCUUGUUUUGAUACAACCCUUCCUGCUUUAUUAUGCAAAUCAUAUUUUUCUUAUUCUAACUUGUAUUUUUUAAGCAAAAUUUACAUUAGAAAAGGGAAGGAGGUUUGUAUCAAAACAAGGUUAACCUCACAUUCACUAAAAGGCUAGGACACUCAGCCAACAACUGUAAAAUGGUCUUAGCACAGUAUCACUGACAUAUGUAAUGACGCAACGCAAGUGAUUUGAUCUUGACCAACAGCUACGGUAUUUGCAAUAAUGAUGACAAUGUCAAAUAAAUAAAAUAACGAUUUAGAAGUAGCGAAUCUUUUUAGUGGUUCUUCAUCUAACUGAUUCCUGGUCGAAUCGGUAUUUGGAAAUGUUGUUUUUGGAGGAAAAGGGAAAAUCGAAGUACCCGGAGAAAAACCUCUCGUAGCAAAGGAGAGAAAUUACAACACACUCAACCCACAUACGCUGAGCCUCAAACUACCUUAUCUUCAGCUUAGCAAUUGCUGAUCUAAUCGUUACUUUGGUGUGCGAGCCACUCAUUCUGGAGUUCAUCAGCAAUCUAACAUUCUUCCACGGGUGCAUAACAAGAAUGAAACAA